UGCAUUGUAUGAAGAAAAGAGUGGAGAAAUAGAAGCAUUCAUAAUAAAUGUAGCUCUUGUUCCCUGAUAGCUGAUACAGAGCAAUAUCGACAAGGGAGAGCGAUAGCCGAUAAAAUAGAGAGAAGAUGUGAGAUCACGUUAAAAUUAGCAGCCCACUCCACUCUUUUUCUCUUCUCUUUCCUCCCAUAUUCACCUUCUCUACACUCAUCACUCACCUCAAUUCUUCCGCCGCCAUGUUUUCCUUGAAUGGGAGCACUUUUCUGAGCAAUACUCUGUGGGGCGUGUCGAAGCAAUCUUCACAGAGGAAGAUAUCAGCUCCAAGCGUGGUGGUAGCUUCUGUGAGCUCAAAUGGCAUGCCUGCAGACCGAAACGUCAGCGUUUUGAUGAGAGAUAAUGCUCCCUCCUCAUCACCUUCGCAGUCUCGGGUGACGGAGAUUGAACAACCAUCUACCGUCGGCGGCGGCGUGGAAGAUGUUUACGGCGAGGAUACCGCCACCGAGGAUCAGUACAUCACCCCAUGGACUCUCACUGUAGCUAGUGGAUAUCCGUUGUUGCGCGACCCACACUACAACAAAGGCCUCGCCUUUACAGUGAAAGAAAGGGAUGCCCACUUUUUACGUGGCCUUCUCCCGCCAGUGGUUGUUAGCCAAGAGCUCCAGGUUAAGAAAAUGAUGGCCAACAUGCGACAGUAUCAAGUGCCGUUGCAGAGGUACAUGGCUAUGAUGGAUCUUCAGGAGAGAAAUGAAAGACUGUUUUACAAACUUCUCAUUGAAAACGUCGAGGAGCUGCUUCCCGUAGUCUACACCCCAACUGUUGGUGAAGCAUGCCAAAAGUACGGGAGUAUUUUCAGGCAGCCCCAGGGUCUCUUCAUCAGUUUGAAAGAAAAGGGAAGGAUUCUUGAGGUAUUGAGAAAUUGGCCUGAGAAGAAGAUUCAAGUUAUUGUGGUGACGGAUGGUGAGCGGAUUUUGGGUCUUGGAGAUCUUGGCUGCCAGGGUAUGGGGAUACCCGUUGGGAAGCUCUCAUUGUAUUCAGCUCUUGGUGGCAUUCGUCCGUCUGCUUGCUUGCCUGUAACCAUUGAUGUGGGGACGAACAAUGAGCAGUUGUUGAAUGAUGAAUUUUAUAUCGGACUGAGGAGGAGGCGUGCAACUGGAAAGGAGUAUGCUGAGCUUCUAGACGAGUUUAUGAAUGCAGUGAAGCAGAACUAUGGAGAAAAAGUCCUAAUCCAGUUUGAAGAUUUUGCAAACCACAAUGCUUUUGAUCUUCUUGCUAAAUAUGGAACUACCCAUCUCGUUUUUAAUGACGAUAUUCAGGGCACGGCAUCUGUGGUCCUUUCCGGGCUCAUAACAGCGCUGAAUUUAGUCAGCGGCACCUUGUCUGAUCAUAGAUUCCUAUUCCUAGGAGCUGGAGAGGCUGGCACUGGUAUUGCAGAGCUCAUAGCUCUUGAAAUAUCAAAACAGACAAAUGUUCCUGUGGAAAACGCUCGCAAGAAGAUCUUUCUCGUCGACUCAAAGGGUUUGAUUGUUAAAUCUCGUGUUGAGACGCUUCAACAUUUUAAGAGGCCGUGGGCACAUGAACACGAACCUGUCAGAACUUUGUUAGAUGCUGUGAAGGUCAUCAAGCCGACAAUAUUGAUAGGAUCGUCCGGAGCAGGAAGAACCUUCACAAAAGAAGUGGUCGAAACAAUGUCUGCCUUGAAUGAGAAACCUGUCAUUCUCUCUUUGUCAAACCCAACCUCACAGUCCGAGUGUACGGCUGAGGAAGCUUAUACAUGGAGCGAGGGCCGAGCCAUUUUCGCAAGUGGGAGCCCUUUUAGCCCGGUUGAAUAUAAUGGCAAAUUUUAUGCAUCCGGCCAGGCAAAUAAUGCAUACAUCUUUCCCGGACUCGGUCUCGGUUUGAUAAUCUCUGGUGCCAUCCAUGUUCACGAUGAUAUGCUUCUCGCAGCUUCGGAAGCAUUAGCCGAACAGGUUAGCCAAGAGAACUUAGACAAAGGGCUCAUAUAUCCGCCAUUUUCGAACAUCAGGAAGAUUUCAGCCCAGAUCGCGGCCAGAGUAGCAGCGAAAGCCUAUGAACUCGGUUUGGCGACUCGUCUGCCUCAGCCAGAGAACCUCGAAAAAUAUGCAGAGAGCUGUAUGUACAGCCCCAACUACCGCAACUACCGUUAAGCCGGCCUGCUAUUUUAUCUUUUUGUAUCGCAUUUUCGCCUUCGUUUUCGUUUUUUUUCUUCAUCACGAACGAUGAAUUCGGUGAGUUUCAUGCAUAAGUUGGGAUUUUAGUAUAAGGUGAAAUUGUUGUGUUACUCAAUAUGAAAUUGAGCUUUCAUUUACUUUUUAAGGUUAAUGAAUAAUACUAGUAUAUUUUGUUUUUGUUUUGAAAUUACUAGUAUAAGGUUAAUGAAUAAUACUAGUGAAAUUACUAGUAUUUUUGUUUUGAAACCGAUGUAACACCUAAAAAGUCUCAUAUCAGAUCGAAUUUUGAGUAAUGUAUUGUAUAUAUUGGAAGUAAUUGUUAGACCAAUUCCAAUUUUUAUCAAAUUUUUCAUCUAAUUUUGUAA